UUGAUUUGAAUGAGAAUACACUGAUAGGCGUAGCUGAAAUGCCAGAUCACGUGUGUGAAACUGGCUGUUACUUAAGCAAGCUGAACACUUGUGCAACACUUUUGCUUUGUGUACUGGAGCAGGAAAGAAGCCCAGGAAUUCAUCAUUCUGACCUGCAGAGGAGACAAAAACAACGAUGAGUACUGCAGGAAAAGUCAUAAAAUGCAAAGCAGCAGUGCUGUGGGAGAUACAGAAACCCUUCUCCAUUGAGGAGGUGGAGGUCGCACCUCCAAAGGCCCAUGAAGUUCGUAUUAAGAUGGUGGCCACAGGAAUCUGUCGCUCAGAUGACCAUGUGGUCAGUGGAAGCCUGGCAGCUCGUCUUCCUAUGAUUGUGGGCCAUGAGGGUGCUGGCAUAGUGGAGAGCGUUGGAGAAGGGGUGACUUCAGUAAAGCCAGGUGAUAAAGUCAUCCCGCUGUUUACUCCCCAGUGUGGAAAAUGCAGAAAUUGUAAACACCCAGAAAACAACCUCUGUUUGAAAACUGAUUUGUCAAAUGGUUCAGGCACCCUGCUAGAUGGCACCACUAGGUUCACCUGCAGAGGGAAGCCCAUCUACCAUUUCCUGGGCACAAGCACUUUCUCUCAGUACACAGUGGUGGAUGAGAUCUCCGUGGCCAAAAUCGAUGCAGCUUCACCCCUGGAGAAAGUCUGCCUCAUUGGCUGUGGAUUUUCUACCGGUUAUGGCUCUGCAAUCAAUGUUGCCAAGGUCACCCAGGGCUCCACCUGUGCAGUGUUUGGCUUGGGAGGAGUUGGCCUCUCUGUUAUCAUUGGCUGCAAAACAGCAGGAGCAGCCAGGAUCAUUGCUGUGGACAUCAACAAAGACAAAUUUGCAAAGGCCAGAGAGUUGGGUGCCACUGAAUGCAUCAACCCUCAAGACUACGAUAAACCCAUUGAGCAGGUGUUACAGGAAAUGAGCAAUGGAGGUGUGGAUUUCUCCUUUGAGGUCAUUGGUCGACUUGACACCAUAGCCUCUGCCUUGCUGUCCUGCGAGCAGGGAUGUGGUGUGAGCGUCAUCGUGGGGGUCCCUCCUAAUGCUAAAACUCUCUCAGUUAACCCCAUGCUGCUGUUGACUGGACGCACCUGGAAAGGAGCCAUCUUUGGUGGUUUUAAGAGUAAAGAUUCUGUCCCCAAACUUGUGACUGAUUUUAUGGCAAAAAAAUUUCCACUGGAUCCAUUAAUAACCCAUAUUUCACCUUUUGAGAAGAUAAAUGAAGGAUUUGAGCUGCUGCGCUCUGGAAAGAGUAUCCGCACUGUCUUGACAUUUUGAGAUGAUGCAGAUGCCUUCUCUUCAAUCGGUUCCCGACUCCUCACAUCAGAUCAUUUGAAUCACCAGGCACACAUUAUUAACUAUUUUUUAGCAAUGUGAUCAAUAAAUCUCCAUUGUAUUUGUUAUUUGUGUUUGCUUUAUGAAUACCAUGAUUCUAACAAAAAAUUCUUUAAGAUAUUAAAAAAAUGCUUUACAAGGUAUAAUAGAUUAUUUUAAGCUUAUAACACUUGAAUCACACACAAAGCCAAAUCUACACAUUAACUCCAUCAUACCUAUUUUGAUUUUUGUUGACACAAUUUGCAUCUUUUAUAUUAUAUAUUCUUUAACAAAUUACUGUGACUGAUGUUGUUAAUAGUUUUGUCUUUUAUGCUUCAUAAUAAAUACAUUAUAUAGUGCCA